AUGGGUUCCGAUCUACAAUACGCCAAAUACCCCAACCUCUCCCUCGCCCAAGACAUCUUCAAUCUCUCCAACCCAGCAUGUCCUCAUACCGCCCAACAGGCUUCGCUGAAAAAGCUCCAAUCUGCCAUUUCGCAACAUCAAAUGGCCCCACUAUACCGACAUUUGGCCCAUCCAAUUGAGGGGAUCUUGAACUCCCCAGGCGAAGGCACCACGCAACAUGCAUCUGCUCCAGGCAGUAAAGUCCUGGUCACGUCGAAUCUCUUGUCGGGCCGGAAAGCACCGCAGAAGAUAAGUUUACCGUGGGACGAGAAGCUGUACGACACACUGGUAGAGGAGAAUAAGAAAGAACUGGCUGCUUUGCAAAAGGAAGAGGAAGACGCCGCUGAGGCUGCUGGGGAUACAGAGGUACAAGCAGCUCGGGGAAAGCGAGCGGAGUUCUGGGCUCGAGUAGGUGAUAAGGACAAGGCAGUCGCGGCUUACGAAGCAGUCUUUGAGAAAACCGGCAUCCUAGGCACAAAGAUCGAUCUGGUUCUGGCCAUUAUACGUAUUGGAUUAUUCUACGGGGAUAAACCAUUCGUCAAGAAGCAUAUCGAGAGAGCUAACGCGCUAGUCGAGAGCGGCGGCGACUGGGAUCGAAGGAAUCGUCUAAAGGCUUACAAGGGCCUCCACUUGCUCACUGUCCGCUCAUAUAACCUGGCCGCUCCGCUCCUGCUUGACAGCCUGUCCACCUUCACCAGCUACGAACUAUGCACUUACUCGUCCCUCGUUGUCUACUCUGUCCUCGCGGGUUCUCUUGCCCUGAAACGCCUUGACUUUAAAGCAAAAGUCGUCGACGCUCCUGAAAUUAAAGCUAUACUCGGAGAAGGUGAAGAUAGGCUGUCUGCGCUGAGUGGCGCUAUUUCGUCGGGGCCUGGUGCUGGAGAUGAAGAGAUGAAAGAUAUCGCCAGCGCGACUGCAGGCGGGCCGUCGACAGCUGUAAACUUGACGACCCUUGGCGCUGAAAGCGGAUUGACUGUUGAGGAGGAGACACCCAUGGACUUCUCCCCGCUCUCCAAUCUCGUCAGCAGUCUGUACAACGGCAUUUAUCGCUCCUUUUUCCUUGCAUUGGCGGACGUGGAGGACAAUUUCCUUAGCCAAGACCGCUACCUUUACGAACACCGGGCAUGGUUUGUGCGGGAGAUGCGAUUGCGCGGGUACCAGCAACUGCUGCAGAGCUACCGCGUGGUUGGCCUAAGCAGCAUGGCGAAUGACUUUGGCGUAACUAUUGAUUACCUUGACAAGGAUCUUGCCAAAUUCAUCGCCGGCGACCGGAUAGCAUGCACGAUCGACCGCGUCAAUGGCAUUAUUGAGACCAACCGGCCUGAUGACAAGAACAAGCAGUAUGCUGAUGUCGUUAAGCAGGGUGACGCUCUCAUUACGAAGCUACAGAAGUAUGGUCAGGCAGUGAGAUUGCGGGGCAGUGAAAGGGGUUGA